AAUAAUUGCAAGGAAAAACUCUAUAAAAAGAUAGAAAUGUGAACAGUAUAAAGUAAAUAAAGAAAUAUGUGUACAUGAAAGACCUCUCCAAUGUUCACUUGCUCCAGUUUCUCCAAGAUUAGAAACUGCUACGUCUCUCUCUAUAGCUCCCUCGUUUUGCUAUGUGGUAAUUAACAACAGACAACAGUUUUUGUUUGUCCGUACCGUUUUACUUACUCUCUCACUGUCUUUGUCUAUUACCACUCUCGUCUCUUUCUUUUUUCCUUCUGUUCUGUUUCUCUCUCUAAACCCAAAACAGUCAAAAUCAGGGAAGCCGAAAUUUUCUUUGCUUUCUUCUCCUUUGGUCCUUUCUUUAAACCCGAGACAGUUAGGUUUGUGUGAGAGAGAGAAUGAUGAGUAAAACCCUUUCUGUCUGAGUAAGAGGAAACCAACAUGGAGAUGGGUUCCAACUCGGGUCCGGGUCAUGGUCCGGGUCAGGCAGAGUCGGGUGGUUCCUCCACUGAGUCAUCCUCUUUCAGUGGAGGGCUCAUGUUUGGCCAGAAGAUCUACUUCGAGGACGGUGGUGGUGGAUCCGGGUCUUCUUCCUCAGGUGGUCGUUCAAACAGACGUGUCCGUGGAGGCGGGUCGGGUCAGUCGGGUCAGAUACCAAGGUGCCAAGUGGAAGGUUGUGGGAUGGAUCUAACCAAUGCAAAAGGUUAUUACUCGAGACACCGAGUUUGUGGAGUGCACUCUAAAACACCUAAAGUCACUGUGGCUGGUAUCGAACAGAGGUUUUGUCAACAGUGCAGCAGGUUUCAUCAGCUUCCGGAAUUUGACCUAGAGAAAAGGAGUUGCCGCAGGAGACUCGCUGGUCAUAAUGAGCGACGAAGGAAGCCACAGCCUGCGUCUCUCUCUGUGUUAGCUUCUCGUUACGGGAGGAUCGCACCUUCGCUUUACGAAAAUGGUGAUGCUGGAAUGAAUGGAAGCUUUCUUGGGAACCAAGAGAUAGGAUGGCCAAGUUCAAGAACAUUGGAUACAAGAGUGAUGAGGCGGCCAGUGUCGUCACCGUCAUGGCAGAUCAAUCCAAUGAAUGUAUUUAGUCAAGGUUCAGUUGGUGGAGGAGGGACAAGCUUCUCAUCUCCAGAGAUUAUGGACACUAAACUAGAGAGCUACAAGGGAAUUGGCGACUCAAACUGUGCUCUCUCUCUUCUGUCAAAUCCACAUCAACCACAUGACAACAACAACAACAACAACAACAACAACAACAACAACAACAAUACAUGGCGAGCUUCUUCAGGUUUUGGCCCGAUGACGGUUACAAUGGCUCAACCACCACCUGCACCUAGCCAGCAUCAGUAUCUGAACCCGCCUUGGGUAUUCAAGGACAAUGAUAAUGAUAUGUCUCCUGUUUUGAAUUUAGGUCGAUACACCGAGCCAGAUAAUUGUCAGAUAAGUAGUGGCACGGCAAUGGGUGAGUUCGAGUUAUCUGAUCACCAUCAUCAAAGUAGGAGACAGUACAUGGAAGAUGAGAACACAAGGGCUUAUGACUCUUCUUCUCACCAUACCAACUGGUCUCUCUGACUUGUCUUUGCAUCAGAGAAUCUUCUUACAAUGAACGAUUCUGCAAUAUCUUAUCUUUUUGCUUCUUUGUUUAUUCUGUUAUCUGCUAUCAAUAAACCAGACAAUUGUUGCCAGAUAAUGGCUUUUGAUUUUGAUUUGUUGUUUUAUCUCCAUGAAAAUCCAAGUUAUGAGAUCAGAUUGAUUUCUUUAGCACAUCAAGGUUCCAUAUAAUGAAUCUAUA